AAUGGCGGGUGCAUCAGUGAAGGUGGCGGUGCGAGUCCGCCCAUUCAACUCCAGAGAGAUCGGACGCAACGCCAAGUGUGUGAUCCAGAUGCAGGGAAACACCACCUGCAUCUCCAAUCCCAAACAGCCCAAAGAUGGAGCCAAGAACUUCACCUUUGACUACUCCUACUGGUCACACACAACGCCCGAUGACCCCGGCUUCACCUCUCAGACACAGGUGUAUAAGGACAUCGGAGAGGAGAUGCUGCUGCACGCCUUCGAAGGAUACAAUGUGUGUAUUUUUGCGUAUGGACAGACGGGUGCAGGAAAGAGCUACACUAUGAUGGGCAAACAGGAGCCUGGACAGGAAGGGAUCAUACCACAGCUAUGUGAGGACUUGUUUCAGAGAACAGGAGAAAACACAGAUCCUGACCUGACCUACUCCGUAGAGGUGUCCUACAUGGAGAUCUACUGUGAGCGGGUUCGGGACCUGUUGAACCCAAAAUCCCAGGGACGGGUCCGGGAGCAUCCCAUCCUGGGGCCCUACGUGGAGGAUCUGUCCAAACUGGCUGUGACUGGAUUCACGGACAUCCGGGACCUGAUGGACGCCGGCAACAAAGCUCGGACGGUCGCAGCUACAAACAUGAAUGAGACGUCGUCCAGGUCCCACGCUGUCUUCACCAUCGUCUUCACCCAAAAACGACGAGAUCAGAUGACCAGCCUGGACAAAAGCAGAAACCAGAAAGUCAGUAAGAUCAGUCUGGUCGACCUGGCUGGAAGUGAACAAUCAGACUCCUCUGGGGCAAAGGGCACACGGCUCAAGGAAGGAGCAAACAUCAACAAAUCUCUGACCACAUUAGGAAAAGUGAUUUCAGCUUUGGCUGAAAUGCAGAGCAGUAAAAAGAGGAAAAGUGAUUUUAUUCCCUACAGAGACUCUGUUCUCACCUGGCUACUGAAGGAGAACCUGGGAGGAAACUCUCGCACAGCAAUGAUUGCUGCGCUAAGUCCUGCUGACAUCAACUACGAAGAAACACUGAGCACUCUGAGCAACAACAACAACAACAUCAACGGCCCCGGUGGUGUCGCAGGUGCGUCCCCCUCCCCUCUCCAGCUGGCUCUCACAUCCAAUGGGAUCACACCUGAGAAUGGCUCCGCCCCUCCAGGCGCUGAGCCGGUAUCUGAAGGUGACACGCCUGCUGACCGUGAUCAGCUGAUUGAGGAUGGAGAGGAAAGGGUGGAGGGAGAGUCCACAGAGAACAUCAGCAAAGAGGAAGCAGCUGAGAGACUGAUGGAAACAGAGAAAAUCAUCGCUGAGCUGAACGAGACGUGGGAGGAGAAACUGAGAAAAACAGAAUCUAUUCGUUUGGAGAGAGAGCCCCUGCUGGCAGAGAUGGGCGUGUCCAUAAAGGAAGAUGGAGGAACGCUGGGCGUCUUCUCUCCUAAAGGAACGCCUCACCUGGUCAACCUGAAUGAAGACCCUCUGAUGUCCGAGUGCCUCCUCUAUUACAUCAAGGAGGGAGUGACCAGGGUCGGGCAGCAGGACGUGGACAUUAAACUGUCGGGUCAGUUCAUAAAGGAGAUUCACUGCGUUUUUGUCAGUGAGACCAACGAGCAGGGAGAAGGUAACCGCAUUGUGAUGGGGAAGAACCACGUGUUUCGGUUCAACCACCCGGAGCAGGCGAGGCUGGACAGGGAGCGCAGCGCCACGAUGGAGCAGCAGGGGGAGCCGGAGGACUGGAACUACGCGCAGAAAGAGCUGCUGGAGAAACAAGGCAUCGACAUCAAGCUGGAGAUGGAGAAGAGACUGCAGGACGUGGAGACUCAGUACCGUAAAGAGAAGGAGGAGGCUGACCUGCUGCUGGAGCAGCACAGACUGGUGACCUACGCAGACAGCGACAGCGGGGACGACUCGGACAAACGAUCCUGUGAGGAGAGCUGGAGGCUCAUCUCCUCCCUGAGAGAGAAGCUGCCAGCCAACAAGGUGCAGUCCAUAGUGAAACGCUGUGGUCUGCCCAGCAGCGGGAAGAGGAGGGAGCCUCUGCGAGUGUAUCAGAUCCCUCAGAGGAGGAGGAUCAGCAAAGACCCCAAACGGGUGACCAUGGAGGACCUCCGCAUGCAGGCCGUCAAAGAGAUCUGCUACGAGGUGGCUCUGGGAGACUUCCGUCACUCCCGUCAGGAGAUCGAGGCGCUCUCCAUUGUCAAGAUGAAGGAGCUGUGCCGCAUGUACGCCAAGAAGGAACCAACGAGAGGGAGGGCUGUGGCCCAGGACGUCUGCGACACUGUGGGGGGAGGAGGAGGAGGAAGUGGUGGUAGUGGAGGAGGAGAGACAGGGGAAGGUGGAGAAAAGGCAGGCGUGUACGACUUGAAGGCUCACAUCGAUAAGCUGACAGAUAUUUUGGAGGAGGUGAAGCUGCAGAACAACAUGAAGGACGAGGAGAUCAAAGCUCUGAGAGACAGAAUGAUCAAGAUGGAGAGCGUCAUACCUCUUCAGGACGACGACUUGAACGGCGAGGGAGGCGAGUCCCCAGAGAGAGAGAGAGAUGGAGAUAGGGACGGGGAUGAUGAAUGCCCUAGCCACCCAGAGGUCAGAGUUCAGCGGCUGAUGGAGGAGGACCCGGCGUUCAGGAGAGGAUGCCUCCGCUGGAUGAAAAAGGAGCAGCAGCGCCUCCUGAACCUGCAGCAGCAGAACAUCACCAAGAAGCUGCGAGGACAGAACCAAAGCCAAGCUCCAGGUCAGAACGCUUCAUCCCUCCGCAGGAAUGCAAGCUCAAGUUUCCCUUUAAGAGUAACCCUGCCCAUCGGCUGUCAUGGGGACCCACCAGUGCCGCUCUGCAAGCUCUCGGUCUGGGGGAGGGAGGAGGAGGUGAUGGUGUUGAGCAGAAGGAGAAUGGAGGAGGAGAAGCUAAAGGUUCUCCCUCACCUCCACCUCCCCCACAAGGUCAACUGCCUGGUCUCUUGCCCCUCCCCUUCCCAGCUCAGCCCCCUCGCAUGCGCACCCCAAGUCCUCAUCGCGCCUGGCAGCAGCGUAACCAGGGCAACCAGGGUGGCUAUCACUACAACAACCAGGGCAACAACCAAAACCAGCAGCGUCGUUACCGCCGCAACUCCCUGGACAGCUCGCCACAGGGGAACGGGAGCUACGACAAUGACCAGCACUUCAGCAGUGGUGGCAAUGGUGGCCACCAGGGGUGACCAAGACAGAGGAGGGGAUUUCGACCUGGGCCAGGUGGGGAGAGAGGAGGAGGAGGCAGAGGAGGAAGCAGAGACAGGGACAGAGACAGAGAUGGAGGCUUCCAUUAUAAUCAACGCCAGCACCAUCAGUUCCACCACCACCAUCCCUACUACAACCCCACAAUGCACCAUUCCAGCCUGGACCUCACCCUCACCCCCAUUACCACAGCCUGCCGCGCUCAGGGGCUCCACCCCUUCCUGCUGA